GAAAGAGAAGGCGAUAGACAGACCAAGGAGGACUGGGAAAGCUGCUCGGAUAUCAGCGUUGCAGGAAUCCGGGAGAGAGAAAUCACAGGAAUACGCACGGAUACUGCUGGGAAUGGGUAGGAGGAGGGGAAGAGAAGAAGGAGGGCAGGGAAGCAAGGGAAUGGGAGGACAAGUGCGGCAGCGUGUAAAAGAGGAAGAGGAGAGUUAAUUAGCCCAGUGCGUCUCUCUCUCUCUCUCUUUCUCUCUCUCUCUCACACACACACAUUCACACACACACCUCCCUCUUUCUCCACCCCUCCACCACCCUGACACUCUAGCGCGGAAGACUUAAAGCAGCCAAGCAGCAGCCUGCCGAUGUGGUAAUGAAUUAAAUAAAGCGCCGCCGCUGGGAGAGAGAGAGAGAGAGAGAGAGAGAGAAAAGCGAGAGAAUGAGUGUUUUGGGGCAGCUGACUGACGCGCACGCUGACUAAAGGCAUCCAGGGUUCUGUAAUGUGUGUGUUUGUGUGUACACACACAUCCACGCGUACAGGUGCAGCAACAGCCAAACUAUUGGAGUUUUAAGAGCCGUAGUCCACGCCAUUCCCAGUCCACUCAAUCUGGUUUGGCCGACCAGGCGUCCAAGCUGUCCUACGCCUCAGCUGAGUCUCUAGAGACCAUGUCUGAGGCCGACAUGCCGCUUGGCUUUAAUCGCAUGAACCGCUUUCGCCAGAGCCUUCCUCUGUCCCGAUCUGCCAGCCAGAACAAACUGCGCUCUCCAGGUGUUCUGUUCCUCCAGUUUGGCGAUGAGACGAGGCGUGUCCACAUCACCCAUGAGUUGAGCAGUAUGGAGACUCUACACGCACUCAUUGUGCACAUGUUCCCCCAGAAGCUAACAGCUAGCAUGCUCAAGUCCCCCAACACGGCCAUCCUGAUCAAGGACGAGGCUCGCAACGUGUUCUAUGAGCUGGAGGAUGUCCGGGAUAUUCAGGACCGCAGCAUCAUUAAGAUCUACCGUAAGGAGCCAGUCUACGGUUCCUAUCCAGCGGCUGCACACCUGGCCAAUGGAGACCUGAGGAGGGAGAUGGUGUAUGCGUCACGUGAGUCAUCACCCACUCGUCGCCUGAAUACCCUGCCUUCCUCUGGCUCCUCACCUUCCUCCGCCUCUCCCGCCCGUUCCCGUCUUUCCUACAGUGGCGGUCGUCCUCCUUCGUUCUCCGGCUCCCAGCACGGCCACCACGGGCACCACGGAUCUCCGGCUCAUGGGCCAGCAGGGGGCAUGACCGCGUCACCGUCAGCCAUCCUCGAGCGGCGAGACGUCAAACCUGAUGAGGAAGUUGCCACCAAGAAUGCUCUCCUAAAGAACGAGAGCCUCUAUGCAGAUCCGUACAGCCUGGUGCCUGAUGGACAUCGUCUAAGUAUCGCAUCAAUGGGCGAGCCGCUGGGCAUGCCGGGGCCGGGUGGGCUGUACCGGCGUGGCUCUGUGCGCUCUCUGAGCACUUAUUCAGCCGUGGCGCUGCAGGGAGACCUGGACGACCCGCUCUAUAAGCCAGGCGCACCGCUCUAUCCAGACACCUACUCUUUGGGCACAGGCUUCAGGCUGUCAUCUUCGUCCUCUCCUCAGAAGAUGUCCGAUUCCUACUCGGGGACGCUUAGCCGCGGUUCGCCCGUCAGGCAGAGCUUCAGGAAGGACUCGUCCUCGUCUGUGUUUGUGGACAGCCCCAAAUCAAGGCCCAGUUCCAGUUCAGAGCCACUGGGCGUCGAGUCCGGGAGGGGGAUUUCAGGCUUUGGGAACGAAACUGACACACGCAGGGAUCGUAUGGAAGCAAUGGAGAAACAGAUCGCGAGUCUCACAGGCUUGGUGCAGAGCGUCCUCACCAGAGCACCAGACAGCGACAGCACAUGCGGCCUGCUGCGGCUCUGCAUGAUGGCGGGCUGCCCUCGGGACCCAGGGACCGACUUCUCACGGCCCUUCCCUUUCUCUUCCAGCGAGAAGACGGAGUCCACCAGCGACGGCUCGGCCACAGGAACUGGCCGGCUGAAGAGGAAAGGUAGCGCCGUCUCUGCUCUACCCUCUCUGACCCCAUCUGCCCCGCUGGCCCUGAUGCCUCCUCCAGCUAUGAGCCCCCACACCUCCACUGUGUCCAAACUCCAGAUGCAGCUCCACCUACACGAGCUCAAGCAGAACGCCACCGACCUGCGGAAACAGCUCGCCCAGCUCCGCAAGAUGCAGCUGCAGAAUCAGGAGUCAGUGCGCUCUCUGGUGAAGCGGACGGAGGCGGAGCUGAGUGUGCGGGUGUGUGACGCUCUGAGGAAGCAGGAGGAUCCUCUCCAGAGACAGCGCCUCCUAGUGGAGGAGGAAAGACUCAAAUACCUCAAUGAGGAGGAGCUCAUCAUCCAGCAGCUGCAUGAUUUGGAGAAGUCAGUGGAGGAGAUCCAGAAGGAGAGCUCAGUGAACCACAGACACAUCACAGUGCAGGAGCUGGAGGAGAAGAGCACGGUGCUGAGGAGACUGGGAGAGACUCUCACUGAGCUCAAGAAUCAGUUCCCUGGGCUGCAGAGUAAAAUGCGUGUGGUGUUGAGGGUGGAGGUGGAGGCUGUGAAGUUCUUGAAGGAGGAGCCACACCGACUGGAUGCACUGCUUAAACGCUGCAAAACCAUCACUGAUACACUCACCAUGCUCAAGAGGCAGGUGAAUGAGGGCGUGAGGAAGAACAUGGAGGAGUUCUCCAACCCUUCACCCAAACACACCAGCGGAGAUGACUACAGGAAGAACGCCGACUUCGACAUUCCCACCAGUCCACCGCUCAACCUUAACGAGACCAGCCUGGCUAACUGGAGUCCUCACGGCCACGCCCAUCCCCACGUCAACUCGUCGCCGGGACAGCUGAAGGGCCGGGGCCUGGAUGAGCUGGGGGGUCGGGGAGGGGCCGAUAAGGCCUCGUCUGUGGAAGUCAGGCUGGCAGCUGAAAGGGACUGGGAGGAAAAGCGAGCCAGUUUAACCCAGUACAGCGCUCAGGACAUUAACCGACUCCUCGAGGAAACCCAGGCCGAACUAAUGAAGGCCAUCCCGGAUCUGGACUUUGCUGCUAAACAGAUCAAACCAAUUCAGAAUCAACACCAGAACCAAACCCAGAACCAGAUCCAGAACCAGAACCAGUGUGAGUCUCUGUCUAGCACCAACGCCACACCCGAGCACAAACCCAACAAACCUCAGCAUCCCUCACACAAGGUCUCGAACAAGGAAGGCGGCUCCAGGCGAGGAUCGGACGAGCUCACGGUGGCGAGGUAUCGCACAGAGAAGCCGUCCAAGUCGCCUCCGCCUCCGCCACCACGCAGGAGCUUCCCCACCUCACCAGGCCUCACCACACGCAGUGGAGAGAUCAUCACCUCUACCAAGAGCAUUAAGAAAUCAGAAUCAGAGGAAACAGAGAUUCAGAAACCCCACGUGAAGUUGAGGAGGAGUGUCUCUGAAGCUCCUCGGCCUGCAUCCACGCCUCCGAAUGUGGCAGGAGGAGAGAGAGAGGACGGAGAAAUCGAGAACACUUCUGCGGAACUGGAGCAGUUCACGUUGCUGACAGAAAAUCUUCACCACCCGAACCCUGACACACAGCCUUCACCCGUCCCUCAGAUUGUCCUGACCGAGUGUCCCACCUCGUCAUCCGCGAUCUCCACCACGCAGGUUUCCAGCUCAACGACACAACAGAACAAGAGCACGGGAAGACUUAGCUACAGCAGCUACAUCGUCAAGACUCCGCGUCUGUCGCUAUGGAAACUGGAGCCAUCGACCAAUCAAACGCGAUCUCAGAUACCCACUUUGAGCAGGACUCCAAAGGAGCUCCAGACAGACAUGUUUACUGAAUCACCUUCACCCUCACCUUUGGCCUCAAAGAAGCUGGAGAGGUCGGUGAACACGGAGCUGAUGAUCCAGGAAUCGUUCGAGAUCGAUGAGGAGAACGCGACACAUAAAGGAGAAGAUGAUCAAUCCCGGAUCCAGGACCGCAAAGAGGACAUUAGACACAGUACGUAUCAGCGCCUGGACAAUCUAGAGGAGACCAUCCGUGAGCUGGAGCUCAGUCUGCUUGAUUUUGGGACUCAGACCAUUCCAAACUGGCCUCAAAGUAUUCCGGAUAUGAAUUCCCAGACAUCCAGCAGCACCAAGGAGGCUCCAUCUACAUCCACGAUGAAGAGCUCAGGAAGAGGAGAGAUCCAGAGACCUCCUGUUCCACCUAAACCCUUUAUAAACACAGAAGCAUUCAAGAGCGGCGGAGGGAAGGCCAUAUCUCGUCUAAAACACCUCCAGCAGAGCGGCCUGGACAAGAGCAAAGUGGGCAAACAGAGAGAAGACUUCCUCAAGAGUCAGGGACAACAGCAGUGAGAAGAAACACAACUUGACCUGACCCCAUGUCCCUCUCCUCUUCUUCCUCUACAUCAUCCUCCUUGGAGUCUCAUCGGCCUCGUGUACACAUCUUCUAGUCUCCCGUUCACAGAUGUGUAUGUAUGUGAGAAUAAUAGGAUCCUCCCCUGAACCAAAAUACCCUACCCAGGCCUUCCAUGAGCAUGUGGGGUCGAUUGCUUGAAAUGGAUGACCAAGAAAGGCUUCCCUGAUCUAGCUUAUUUACUUCAUAAAGAAUAGUAUACAUCCUCAUCACUUUCCUCUCUCUUUCUGUCUUCUCUGCUCGGCACUUUCCCACCUUGCUGCCCCUAGAGGGAGUUGUUUCUGCUCCCCAACACACGGGCUGCUAGCUUCUCUGGCCGUCUACCAUCUGGGCUUUACAAUAACCUCCAAGAGGAUCUGAUCUCCUCCUCCGGUCAGACCAAAGCCCUCCUGGCUACCCUGUCAACCGAGGCCCUGCUGCUUGCCACCACCCUCAGGCAUCGCCGGCUCCUCCGAGAACAGAGCACCAACUCUUCAAAAACUCCCCCUUCACUCUCCAACAACCACUCUUCAUCCCCUUCAAGCUCAUCAUCCUCAGCUUCAACUCCUUCACCUGUGACCACCAGCUCACCCCACAACCCAAACCUCUUGAUUGGCGACAGUACAGAAGACAAGAAUUAAGGAAGUGAUGUUGUGCCCCUGUUUGUUCCAGCUACCCCCCAUGGAGUGAGGCACUGGGAGGUGGAGGUGGAAGAACAACAGAAACACCUUGUAUUUAUAGAGAAUAAAAACUUAUUAGUCAUUUAGAAUCUCCUCCUCCAUCUUGGCUGAACCUUCAAGAAGCCUGGAAGGAUGAUGCAGGCUACAUCCCACACACACAGCCUACCAUCUCUUGUUCAUUAUGGGUUUAUUCUUCUCCCAUCUGCAUCCUCCAGAACCCUGAGAGUACUGCCAGUUUCCCUCAAGAAGCCCACAGAUGGGUUUGGACCCCCUCCAUAUUCCAGCUCUCCAUCACGUCAACGGGCCAGCAAAAAAUAACCACUCACGUCAGGCCAGAGAAAGGACUCUUUACCCCUUAAACACCAUCAUCCAUCUGCCAAAUAUCACCUUUGACAGACCUAGUGGUGUCUGGUAGAUUUUUAUCAAGUGUAAUUAGCUAGACUGUGAACAUGUGUGAUUGAAGGUAGAUUUGCAAUAAUCCAAAAGUGAGUAAAGUAGUAGUCAAUGUAUGUUCAGAUUUUUAUCAUCUCAAUAUUUAAAAAGGCAGAAUGUGAGAAAAAAACAAUGAAACAAAACUGUAUAAUCAGCAUUUUUAGUUCUGGGGUGGUUCCUCUGGGUAAUAACCGAUAAUAAUGAUGAUACCUGAUACCUGAGGUACUUACAGGGGUAGGUCUUUUUCACUUUAGUUGGAGGAAGAUCAUUUUAGGGAGAACAUUAUCCGAGUACUUCAUUACAUCUUAAAGACCUCUGGUCUCCUUUUGACACUACUUUUGCGUUCUUGCUAGCUUGGUGAACACAAGUAACAGAAACCGGUGCUAUCGUCUUUUUUUAAACCGUUGGGAUUAACAAUACGUAAAACGAAAACAGUGUUUCAGUAGUCCUUGUUAUAUGCACACAGAAACAGCAUUCUGACUAUUCAUAUGGCUAAUUUGUCCUAGUCCCAUAUUUCUUCCAACUUGGCACAAAGUUGCAAAUAUGACAGAUGUAUUGUGGGAGGUAGGAGGAUGCUCGCUGUUUGCAGAACGAGAAUCCGAUAAGGAGGUUGAGAAAGUUGGCUUGAAUCGCAUGUCCGAAUGUCCGAAGGUUACUUAAGGCACAUUACUUCGUGAUGGAGGUGUAGCUGCUCCGUAAAAGCACAAAAACCAGCGAGAUUAAAAAGGAAGGACCUUCGCAACUGUUCAGUUUUUUUGUUUAAAGCAUUAAGUACAAUGAUUGUGUCUGACAAUCAGCACAAGAUUGGCACACUUUGGUUUACCCAUGGGCACUGCCACCAUGUACAAUGUAAAGGAUGAGGCAGAAAUAUAAAAUGGCAGGAGUGAAGCUCUGAGCUCUGGUAGAAUCUAUCAGAAAAAGUUGGACUGGUCAGUCCACUACUGUUAGCUGCUGUUAAUCAUCUAAAUCGGUCAACCAUUCAUUCAAGGUGAUGUGUGUUUAAGGGGAUGUGGUAGUUCAGUUGUUAAGAGGCAGAGGACUAUUGAUCAGAAGGUUGUGAGUUUGAAUCCCAGGUCCACCCGGCUGCCACUGCUGGGCCCCUGAGCAAGACCCUUAACCCUCAAUUGUAUAAAAUAAGAUAAAAUGUAAGGCUCUCUGGAUAAGGGUGUCUGCCAAAUGCCAGAAUUGAAAUGUUGAAGUGUUUGGAGAACUUGCCUGUUGAAGUACAACAUCUGUAGAUACCCAGAAACUAAAAGGACCCAAAGACCAGCUCAUGUUCUGGAGCUUUUUCCCAAAGGAGCCUCAAAACAGUCCACUUUGGUAGAAGUAAUAAAAAGGUUGUCCCAUUAGGAUAACUCCUUGUGACUCAGUAACUCAUAACCUGCUUGACUUGGCCAGGGGCAACUCAAGGCAAAUGCGUCAUAGACAUGGUUUUUGGUCUUGCUUUUGAAGGAAUUAAUAGGUGAGAAAAGGAGAGUAUUAAGAGAAUACAGAUUUUCUUUACUAGCUGUUUGACGGAACAAGUGUCGGAAAUGGAUUUGUCUCGGUGAGAAGAUGAACACAACGGCGUCAGAGCUAGGUCCCGUGACUGCUGCAGGCUGCCUGAGGAGAGAUUAGCACACGUGUUUGGGGAAGAUUUUUUUUUUUUCUAAUGGAGAAAUUUGGUGCAAAACGUCAGCUUUGGAAAGAUUUCUGUUCCAUGAGGGAAAUCGACUUAAUUACAGGAAACAAAUCUGGCUCUUCUGGCUUUGGCUCAAACUGGCAGUAGGCAAAUGGCUUUGGCGUUUCUAAGGGGAAAGAAAAGAGAAACAAAGCUCUGCUCACUGAAGAAGCUUUGUUUUACUGUGUGAAGAGAGAGAGAGAGUAAGAAGGAGAGAGAAAGACAGACAGAGAGAGAGAUAGAGAGAGAUCUCUUGAUUCGUGGCCUUUAGAGAGGCUGACAGGAUGGCUGAAACCACUUGCUUGAUUGACAGGUGGCUUUUAUGUCAUCUUUAAAAAUCAUCACCGGAUGAUUUCUUGCUUCUUCGCCAGCCAUUCGUGUUUUUUUUUUAUGCAGGUCUCAAAACAAAAAAAAACCCCACCAAAGAUGUCCACCUGUAGAUGGAAACCAGAUCUGGAGAGACACUAGAUUCAUUUUUUUGCCUAGAAUGUGUAUGCUUUUAGUUUAUUAGACUUGUAUGAAGCACCAUAAUAAACUAAAAGCAAAAAAUAACAAGGGGAGGUUUGAAAGUAACCCAGAAUCGAUAAGUUAAAUAAAUAAAUAAAUUUUAAAAAGUCAAAUCCUUAAUCAGAUUAUUCAAAGCACAAGAAAAUGGCAGCAGUGUAGCGUGGAAUGAAAACACAGCUCAAGUCCAUAUCACUUAUCUGGUAGCAUCACAAACCCUCAUACUCCAGAGUUCUGUGCUUGCGGCUUGGCUACGCUCUGACCAUUACAUCUGGCCUCUCCACUACACAGACACACACUUUCUAUAUCCAUGGAUUAAAGAUUAGGGCUGAUGAAGGUGUUAGAAUCCUUAAACCAUGGAGAUCUGAAGGAGGUCCUAAAGUUCUAGACCAUAAAAAAAUUUUUAUUUUAAUAUCUGUGAUUAGCUUUAGUGUUUAUCUGUUCAUAACGAAUGUAUCUAUGUAUCUCUCUUUAUUUUUAUUUUUAUUUUUGGGGAAUAGCUUGAUGAAAUGAUUGUCCCGAAAACAAAACGAAACAAACAAACGAUGCAAAUCGUUAUCAUCUCUUUUUGUUUUUCUAUUCACAGAAAUUCCUUUUUGUACAGUUGUUUGUUCCUUUUCCCUUUUUAUAUAUAUAUAUAUAUAAAUAUACAUAUAUAUAUACACAGUACAAUAUAUAAUUAUAUAAUUACAAAAUUCCACAUCAUACUACCUUUAUUAUUUAUUCAUGAGAAAAAACAUUUUAUAUCUUGAGUUGGGAAAUGUUGACCUAAAUGUACAGUAUGAAUUCUGUGUAAUAUAGAGUCGCUAACGUUUUAGCUUGUGCGAUUAGCCGCAGUUUUUUGUUUGUUUGUUUGUUUGUCUUUUUAAGUAUGGAUUUUAUAUUAGUUCUCGUGUGUGAAAACGUCAGAGGGAAUGCCAGACCAAACCCGCCGAAUUUUAAGCUAGUUAGCGAGACUGUCGGAACUGUGAGAUGAGCUCGAGCGCUCUCUCUCUCUCUCUCUCUCUCUCGAUCUCGAGCAAAACCGAAAAAGUAUGCGUUUCCUAGUAUUGAGGUUAAAGCGCAAAACACAACAUGUAUGUGUUUUAUUUAGCGGUGAAAGAGUGUUACGGUUAUCUCUAGCUAAUGUACGAUUCAGUUCUUUUUGCGCUAACAAAGAGCACACUUGCAAUAGCACUGAAAGCACACGAAUAACAUAAGGAGGUGAUGAUGAUUUUAUUAAUUUAUCCGAACUUUAUCCCUUUUAGGAAGCUUUUACUUGACCAUGUGGAUGUUUGGAAAUCUUGGCAUCAAACAAAUCUAGACUAAAAAAAAAAGUUUUAAAAAAAUAGUCGAUAUUAUGUAAAUAUAAAGCAUCAUUCUUAGAGUUAUACAUAAAAAUGUUAUGUCCGGGAAACAAAAAAAAAUUUAUUUAAAAAAAUUAAAGGUAUUUAUUAAAAAAAAAAAAAAAGAAAUAGCAAUGCAUGUGUAUUAUAAAAGCAGUCGCACGGUGCCAUUGUUUUAAAAAAUAAUAAAGAAAGAAAUAAAGUUGUCUACAUGUUUUAUCAAAAAAAAGAGAGAGAGAGACUAUAGAAAGGCACAGAUAUGUAAAAAAUAAUAAUAAUAAUAAUAAUGAUAAUAAAAAAAAAGUUUAGAGUUAAAAGUAGGAAAAAAAAGUGACUUUUUAUACUUCAGAUAUGUUCGUGGCGAAGGCAUGUCCAGUCUUACUGUAAUCUGUGGUGACGUGGUAACCAGAUUUGAUUGACAGUCGCCGAGUGUGUGCGUCACAGAAGGAUUCAGCCGAACCAAUCGCGGCGCGGAGUCCGUAGCGUGACCCUCCCAUCUCUAGAGUAGUGCGAUAUAACCGACACCUCUAUAAGAAGUCUAGAUCUCUAUAUAAAUAAUCUAUCAAUGUACAAAUAUAGAUGCCUAUACUGAACAAAAGAAGACGCUAAUUUAUCGGUGUGGAUGCCGACGACGAAAUAACUUUGUGAGAAAUGUGAAACUUUACCCCCUCCCACAGUCCAAAACCCUGCCCCCACCCCCCAAAACCACUCCCCUGCUGUACGAGGAAUUCGGAGAGCUGAAAUUAUUUUGUACAUACUUGCUGUGGUGGU